UAUUCAGCGAACUAAACAAAGCCUCAGGCUUCCUAGUUCCAAUCGGACUGGUGUCAAGUGUUAACAGACACAAAACCCUAGUCCCCAUAGCCGUAGCCCCACAUCCUCUCUUUCUUUUCCUCUCGUCUUCUCCAAAAUACUCAACCCUAGCCCCCAUUCUUGAAAGCCUAACUCUGUGUUCUCGUUACGGUUACGUGAUUUUUCUCCUCCUUGGAACUCUGCUUGAAAGCGAUGAGGCCGAUUUUGAUGAAAGGCCAUGAAAGGCCGUUGACAUUCUUGAAGUACAACAGGGACGGGGACCUCCUUUUCUCCUGCGCGAAGGACCACACCCCCACCGUCUGGUUCGCCGACAACGGCGAGCGUCUUGGCACCUACCGCGGCCACAACGGCGCAGUCUGGUGCUGCGACGUCUCAAGGGAUUCCAUGACGCUGAUCACGGGGAGCGCAGAUCAGACAGCGAAGGUUUGGAAUGUGCAAACUGGGGAGCAAUUGUUCACUUUCAAUUUCGGCUCUCCGGCCAGGGCUGUGGACCUCGCGGUCGGGGAUCAGCUCGCCGUCAUUACCACAGAUCCAUUCAUGGACUCUCCUUCCGCCAUUCACGUUAAAAUCAUCGCCAGAGACCCUGCUGACCAGACUGGCGAAUCUGUUCUUACCAUCAAGGGCCCUCAGGGACGAAUUAAUAGAGCUGUUUGGGGUCCUCUGAAUACGACCAUCAUAAGUGCUGGAGAAGAUGCUGUGGUUCGUAUAUGGGAUUCCGAGACUGGAAAACUGCUUAAAGAGUCAGACAAGGAAUCUGGCCACAAAAAAACAGUGACGGCCCUUACAAAAUCUGUAGAUGGUUCUCAUUUCCUCACUGGUUCGCUUGAUAAAUCUGCUAAGCUUUGGGACAUAAGAACAUUGACUCUUAUCAAGACGUAUGUGACCGAACGCCCAGUCAACGCCGUUGCGAUUUCUCCACUUCUUGAUCAUGUGGUGCUUGGAGGUGGUCAAGAUGCAUCUAAUGUCACGACUACUGACCAUCGUGCUGGAAAAUUUGAGGCUAAAUUCUUUGAGAAGAUUCUUCAAGAAGAAAUUGGAGGUGUGAAAGGGCAUUUUGGACCGAUAAAUGCUUUGGCGUUCAACCCUGAUGGAAAAAGUUUCUCAAGCGGAGGCGAAGAUGGUUAUGUACGUUUACAUCACUUUGACCCCGAUUACUUCCACAUAAAGAUUUAGAUUUGGAGCAUAAUACUUUCACAUUGAUUGAACGGUGUGGCUGUUUAAUGCCACCCAACAGAUCGAGAAGCUUGGCUUGGAAAUUGGAAAGUGGAAUGAUGUUAUCACUUGGGAUAAUUUUCUCACACAAGUAUCCCACUGAAAAUGUCAACAAUUGAGAGAAUGACUUAAGAAUGAUUUCCCUUCUUGAGGGGUUUUUUUUAAUAAAUAUUAUUAUUUAUUUUAUGAAGUCAUCUAUUAAAACUAGAAUCGAGCUUUGGAGGUUCUUGGAAGUAGACUUUAUUUUCCUUCUUCAGCAGUAAUUUUGUAGCGUGGGUGUUAGAUGAAGCAAUGGUUAAUUAAUAUUUUGCUUGUUGGAACACAGUUUUGUAGAAGAUGUAAGAUUCUAUCUGUACAUAUGAUCGUCGUUUUUAAAGUUAUCUCCAAGAAGAUGUUCAUUA